UCAGGUCAGUACUAAAUAAAAAAUAAUGUGCGUUUUGUAUGAUCCCUCUUAUUUUGGUAAAAUAAUUAACAUUUUGCAGAUUCUGCAAGGUACAUGUAAACUUUUGACCUCAGCUGUAUUUUACUAUUUAUUACUGAAUCAUGGGGGGUGUGGAAGCACCAAUGUUAUUCGCUUGGGAUUGGCCCAGAUGGCUUGGAAUUGUUCAGUUAAAUCCUGAGGAUAAAGGGAUUAGGUGGAGGUCACAGUGAGUCUGGACAGCAAUUCACUUUAAACACACUCCUCACCUCUUCUGUGGUCCCUUACCUAAAAUAUGCAAGAAAGGGAAUAUGACAGCAACUACAAUGAAGGUCCAUGGAUUAUAUAUGACAAUAUGAGAUCUGAACAGUACAUGUGCUAUUAUGAAGCUAAGGACGUCAUCCAGGAGUGUAAAAAUACCUAACAUAAGCUGCUUAUGUGGCUCUCUUGGCCUUCUCUCCCAGUUCACUUCCUUCAUCCCCAUGGAACAUGUUCCCCGUCUUCUCCCAUUUACCCACUACAUUAUAUUGCCCUAAAAUAAAAUGAGCUUUACACAUGGAUGUAAAAAUUUACCGCUGAGACGGUAAAAGCAACAUUUCCAAUUGACAAUGGCAGUCUUAAAAGUGACAUUUACAAAGACAAACAGAGACAAACUGGCCCAGGUUUUAUGGGUGCUGAAUUGGGUGUCUGUGAUAACUGGAGUCACGCUCUUCAGCCUGGGCCUGUUCUUAAAAGUAGAGAUCCAGAAGAGGCGGGAGCUGAUGUCAAAAGAGAUUGUGUCAGUGCCAAACAUGCUUAUCUGUGUUGGCCUGACUGCCUGUGCGAUCAACUUCCUGGGGGGCAAGAUCUGCUACGACUGCGUGGACACUACCAAGUUCUUGCGAUGGAAGCUGCUGAUGCUGCCUUACAUCAUAUGUACCUUUUUCUUUACGUUUUGCAUCCUCGUGGGCGCCCUGAUGUGCUAUAGCAUGCGUAACGAUUUGGAGGAGUCGCUGUUUUUGGGUUUGCGUGAUGCCAUGCGCUACUAUAAGGAUACAGACACGCCUGGCCGAUGCUACAUCAAGCGCACAAUGGAUAUGCUGCAGAUGCAGUUUCAGUGCUGUGGCAAUGGAGGCUAUCGAGACUGGUUUCACAUUCAGUGGAUUAGUAACCGCUACCUGGAUAUGACCAAUAGCGAAGUGGUGGAGCGGCUGCGGAGUAACGUGGAGGGGAAGUAUUUGAUUGACGGAGUGCCGUUCAGCUGCUGUGGCCUGCAUUCUCCUCGGCCCUGCAUCCAGCAUCAUAUCACUAACAAUUCAGCACAUUAUAAUUACGACUACAAGAAGGAGGAGCUGAAUCUGAACCGGAGAGGCUGCAGACAGGCCCUGCUGGAGCACUACACACAGAUAAUGCAGUCCAUUGGCUUAAUCGUUCUCAUCAUCUGGCUUUUUGAGGUGUCAGUGCUGACAGGAGUGCGUUAUCUUCAAACAGCCAUGGAGAAUGUGCUAAGGUUAGGAGACCCUGACUCUGAGUCUGACGGCUGGCUUCUGGAGAACAGCAUUGCGGACACUGCACGCUAUAACUUUAACAUCAUCAAGAACCUGGGCAAAUGCUACCAGGUGGAUGACGAUCCCAACAUAGAUGUACCAAACACCAGCCAGCAAGCACAAGAGAACGUGCCUGUAAAGCAAAUCCCUGUGGCCCGGUAGUACAAGAGACACUGAGACAUUUGAGACCCAGCCAUUCAACAAUGCCUUGAAGAGGCAGAUCAAGCUCUGCAUUGCAGCCUUUGACUCUUUACUUGAUGCACACAAAGAGGAAUGAAAGUGAAGAAUGCACUGAAACAAUAAAACAUAAUGUAAGGAGCUCUAAGAUGAAAGGCACUUCAUUGCAAUGUAAUCCUUGUGCCAUACAAAAGGAAAAGACAAUGAAAUGUGAAACGCAUUAUAAGAUGCUGGGGGACAGGACUGAUUUGCAACACUGAUUAACAUUGCUGUAAAGAAAGAUGGUAAUGGAAGACAAGCUUCCUUGUGCCUCUACCCUGUAAUGAAGAUUAUAUCGUCCAUCCUAAAAAUAUCUUAAUGAUAAACACAUUUCAAAUUAAUCUGAAAAGGGUGCAAUUAAAGGCCUUUGUUCCAUUACUAAAGAGCUAUUACCAUCCAUAAAGUAUACAAUGCCUUUUUCUCUUUCACUCACUUGCUUUUUACUUCUUUCAGUUUUCCUACUAGUAUAGCAUUCACAUACUGAUUUGGAGUUUUGCAGUAUCUGACAGGAUGAAUUUUGCCUAGGUCAAUGGGGCUAAAAUGUAUUAUUAUUAUUUUUUUGUCCCAGAAAACCUAUUAACUAAUGGUGGCUUCUGAAUGCAUUACUACAGCACUACUGUUUCAUAUAAGCUUAAAUUGUUUCACAAUAUAUUAAACCCACUGUGUUUUUUUUAUUCUUUUAAUUGUGGCUUUCUCACAGUUGCUAUUUUUUUCUUACAUUUGGUGAUGAUUCAAAGCAAAAUGUUUUAAUUUUUUCAGUUUUUACCAGCCAUUUCUCAAAUGCACAAAUAAAAUCAGACAUCUGAGAAAUGACGCGUGAAGGCGUUUUGGCAAAAUCUCAGUUGUAAGAAAUUUAAAAUUCAGUGAUUUUAUUUGUAUUUUUCAGAAAUGUUAUUUGUACUUAAACUGUUGAUGACAUUUUCUGCUUUAUUUAUAAGCAUGUAUUAAAACACUUACUUUUUUAUUACAUUUUAUUAGUCAAUAGCCUACAUUUAAAAAAAAAUAAAAAUAAUA